GGCGGCACCGGCAAGAGACGCAAGAAGAUGAGGAACGCGAGUACGUUCCAGUCGGGCAAAAAGAAGGGUCGAAACAGGAGCAAACUCGUCAAGUCCGGCGAGGCGUCCACCGGUAGCUCCUCGUCCGGGCAACCCGGUGGCGCCGAUGCUACGCCCCUUCAGGAGUCCAGCAAAUACGCCUUAGUGUCACCAUGGCGUGAAGAUGGAAAUAAGCCGUAUAAAGUUAACUUUAAUGACAGUAUUCCUAUAAUAUCACAGGAAGAGUACGAUGCGGAUGACAAAAAUAUAUCUUACAAAAAUAGUGGAUCGGCAAUUGAUAGGGAAAAGGAAGAUAAGGCCAUAUUAAAUUCAUUACCAAAGGCAGUGGCUAAAGAAUUAGAUGGUUAUGAAAGUCAUAUAGGCGAGGCUGAACCUCUUCCAAAUUCGUAUGUAAGAUUUAUGGAGCGAAGCGGAGAAGAACUCGAUGGAGAAGUCGAAUAUGAUCUCGACGAAGAGGACUCAGCAUGGCUGUCUAUAGUAAAUGAACGACGUGCCGCAUCAGGGUUGACGCCAAAUUUAGAACCAGACACAUUCGAAUUGUUGAUGGAUCGUUUAGAAAAAGAGUCUUAUUUUCAACAACAAAGUAAUGGAGGUGGAGCAGCGGGAGUACUUGCUACAGCAGCCGACGAAGAUGCAGUCUGUUGUAUCUGCAUGGACGGAGAGUGUCAAAAUAGCAAUGCCAUCCUUUUUUGCGAUAUGUGUAAUUUAGCUGUACACCAAGACUGCUAUGGAGUUCCUUACAUUCCAGAAGGCCAGUGGUUGUGCAGGAGAUGUCUACAAAGCCCAUCCAGAGCUGUUGAUUGUGCACUUUGUCCUAAUCGAGGUGGUGCAUUCAAGCAGACCGACCGGCCGGCGACCUGGGCCCACGUGGUCUGCGCCCUAUGGAUUCCCGAAGUGCGCUUUGCAAAUACGGUUUUCCUCGAGCCGAUCGACAGUAUCGAAAGUAUCCCCGCUGCGCGCUGGCGUCUCACCUGUUGUGUGUGCAAGCGUCGUGGCGCUGGCGCCUGCAUCCAGUGCCACAAAAGCAAUUGUUACGCGGCCUUCCACGUCACCUGUGCCCAGCAGGCUGGUCUCUGCAUGCGCAUGCGUACCGUACAACCAGCCAACGGCGAGCCAAUGCUCGUCCAGAAGACGGCCUACUGCGAGACCCAUGCGCCACCGGAUUACCAACCAAGCACGAAUCCAGCCGAUGCCAGGAGGCGAGCCAUCGCAAACAAAAAGAGUUCCAGCGCACCCGUCAUAUCCAUACCCACCAUACCACCGGAGCGCAUUCGUGAGAUUGCCAGCCUGGCGGAGGGUUUGCCAAAGAAAAACCAACUGAUUCAGCGAUUGAUUGCUUAUUGGACCCUCAAGCGACAAUAUCGCAAUGGUGUGCCGUUACUUAGACGUCUACAAAGCUCGCAUCCACACCCACGAGUGCCACCGUCACUUGGAGAUGCCUCAUCGCCAACUCCCGACGGCGAAAUACGCAACGAGAUGUACAAACAGCUCAAAUACUGGCAGUGUCUCAGGCAGGACCUUGAGAGGGCUAGAUUACUCUGCGAGCUCGUGAGGAAGCGGGAGAAACUGAAGAAAGAGCUGUUUAAAGUGAAAGAAAAGUGUCUUUGGUUCGAAUUAAGACCGCUCGAAAGUGUUUUAAGAGUAUUGCUGGAAGCACUGAAAUUGCGUGAUCCUAAUGAAGUCUUUGGACAACCUGUAAACAUCGAAGAAGUACCCGAUUAUCUUGAUAUCGUAACACAUCCUAUGGAUCUUUCAACUAUGGAGACUAAAGUCGAGCGGCAGGAAUAUGACUCCAUAGCCGCGUUCGAGUCAGAUUUCAACCUCAUGGUGAAUAAUUGUCUGGCCUAUAAUCGCAAAGACACGAUGUUCUACCGAGCGGGUGUUAGGAUGCGCGAACAAGGUGGCUGCCUCAUCGAGCAGGCGCGCAAGGACUAUCCGGAGAUGGACACUCCAGCGCCCGAAGAUUUUAUCACUGAGAUGGAGUUGCAGCAGACCAACGUCAGUACCGGCUCCAAGGCGAGAAAGCGCGAGCGUAGUGCGAGAACUCGAAACGACUCCGAGUCGCGUGUUAGUGGUGAAAAGGACAACUCGCCUGUUGUCUCAAGUGCGAGUCUUGGAGGUACGAGCGCCGUUGGUACCGGAGGCGUUAGUACCGGUGGUGUCAAUCGACGCACCGCAGUUCUCUUCACACGCAAGGCCAAAGCUAGAGCAAGUCGUGGCCAGAUACACCGAACCAGUCCCGAGAACGAACAGAAGAAGCAGAGCGACAGCUUCAGGGUUUACAGGAGCGGAGCAACGGACAGCGAUAUUGGUGAGCGUGAGAGCCAAUCGUCGAGUUGUAGCAGUUGCUCGACUAGCCGCUCGACAAGUCCCGAGCAUGAUGACGACGCCGAGGAAGGUAACGAAUCGCCAUUGCACAGACCCAAGGUAACGAAACACGCGACUCAGGACAACAGCAAUAAAAUGGAGACAGACAGCAAUGGAACGUUGGCGGCACUACAGCUCGUUUGGGCCAAAUGUCGGGGCUACCCUUGGUACCCCGCUCUUAUUAUCGACCCCAAUACACCCAGAGGCACGAUUCAUAAGGGCGUACCCAUACCCUCGCCUCCCGACGACGUUCUCGCCCUGGCCAGUAACUAUAAGGACACCGUCUACCUCGUUCUCUUUUUUGACACAAAAAGAACCUGGCAAUGGUUACCUGGUGAAAAGUUAGAGCCUCUUGGGGUAUCGCAGGAGCUGGAUGAUGGAAAAUUGAUAGAGUCCCGUAAACCUACAGACAGGAAGGCAGUAAAGAAGGCUUAUCAAGAAGCGUUAUUUUACCAAAAACAAACGCGAAAUUCAGCUCUGAAUACACCGGCAAGCGAUUGAUAAUUAUAUAAUAUAAUUAAUUUCUAAUGGAUAAAAUAAUACUCUCGUAUAAAGUUUAUUUUAUCACCUCA